AUGAAGACCUUCACCAGCGUCCUCGCCGCCGCUCUGGCGGCUCAAUGCGCUUCGGCGCACUACAUCUUCACGACCUUCUCUCCGGGAACGUCCAAGGCCGCCGCCUUCCAGUACGUCCGCAAAAACACGAACAACAACUCCCCCGUGACGGACCUGGCCUCCAACGACCUCCGAUGCAAUGUCGGCGGGGCCACUGGUGGCAGCGCCUCUACCAUCGAGGUUGCAGCCGGCUCGCCCUUCACAUUCAAUCUUGACCAGGCCGUCUAUCACCAAGGUCCUAUCUCAGUCUACAUGUCCAAGGCGCCGAGCACAGCCGCCGAGUACGACGGCAGCGGCGCCUGGUUCAAGACCUUCGACUGGGGCCCGACGUUCUCCAGCGGUCAGGCGACCUGGAACAUGGCGAGCUCGUAUUCCAGCACGAUCCCCAAGUGCAUCCCUGCGGGCGAGUACCUCGUGCGCAUCCAGUCGCUCGCGAUCCACAACCCGGGCGGCACGCCUCAGUUCUACAUCUCCUGCGCGCAGGUCAAGGUGACGGGCGGGGGCUCGACCACCCCCUCGGCGACGGCCAAGAUCCCCGGCUUCGUCAAGGCCACCGACCCGGGCUACACCGCCAACAUCUACGACCCCAACUUCAAGUCCUACACGGUCCCCGGACCGGCGGUCUUCACUUGCUAA